AUGGGCUACUUUCAUCCAGUACCCAAAUACAACACAAUCAUGGGCUACCUCCCUCCGGUACCCGAAUACAAACAAUCCGGUGGACUCACAGCGAUCGUUUACACCUCCCCGCCAAACGCAUGCCAUUCACAGUCAUGGCCGCACUGCUACGGGAAAUCAGGCCCGAUUUACGCUUACGACUACGAAUGCACGGGAGAUGCAAGCAAUCUGAGCGACUUGCAUACUACGAUACUGAGAAAAAACGGCGCGGCGGACGAGAAGCCGACUUGCGAGGAAUGCGGGAAGGUGUUUAGCUCCAAGAAGACCUACCGCUACCAUCUCAACGUUCUCCAUAAGGGUCAGAAUCGCUACCCGUGCCCGCGCUGCGGCAAGGUGUACCAGUGGAAGUCCAACCUGGGCCGACACUUGCGGACGCACAAGGCGCGCGACAGCGGCGAGCUGUACUGCGCGACGUGCGACAAGCGGUUCGCAUCCGUCGCCACGUACCGGCAGCACUUGCGCGUGUCGCGCCGACACGUGCCCGAGAGCGACUUCAGCUUCACAUGCAACGAAUGCGGCAAGAAGUUCGUGAACAAGACUCGCUUACGAGACCACGUGGACUGGGAACACUUACACAACAUCAAGUUCCGAUGCCAGCUCUGCAACAAGCCGUUCAAGUGCCACACAUCGCUGUAUGUCCACAUGCAAAACGUACACCGCAACAAGCAGAAGGAGAACCUAUGCCAUAUCUGCGGGAAGUCCUACCAGAACGCGGCCAAGCUGAAGUACCACAUCGUAGCCAUGCACACGAGUGAGACGCCCUACCAGUGCGCGCACUGCGCCGCUGCCUUCGGGUGGUACUCCAGUCUCUACCGGCACGUACGGGAGGUGCAUUAUAAGGUACGAGCCCGGAUCCCCUGCGAGCAACGAUCCCCUAGUAACUAA